AUGGUGGUCGACAGUAUACGCAAAGAGAGGAUCAAUGAGAAAAGGGAGGUGGAAGCGGAGGUGUUUGGAAAAGACACUCCCGAACCAUCGUCGAAGCCUUCAAAUAUACUUGAUAGAUUCCGCAAGUGA